CUUUUGAAUCUCGGGUUGACGUGAACGAAGGCACGAGCCAAAUCGUGUGGACGUCGAUCGGAUUGGGCCUUGGGGGAUCAACUCCGCCCUCCUACCGCAGGUUUCCGCCUUCUUCUUCCGAAUCCCACCGCGGCGAAAGCCACCACUUGCUUCCCAUCUCCUUCUCCGAUCUCCUUGGUCAUGGCCUGCUUGAGCUCCACGGCUAGCUGCUUCGCCGGGCGCUUCAAGCGCCGCCACCUCUCCCCCACUCUGUCCUCCAUUUCCUCCUUCCCUGGCGCUCGUUCUGUGACCGUCGCGGCCAUUUCUCCAAAGUUAGAGCAUCUGCGAUGCGAACUGGAUGCAGUGUCCGUGGCGACGAAAGAGUGCUCCGAGGAGGAGCCCAUUUCGGAGCAGGAUGUCGGCACGCCGCCUUCGAAGGAAGAGAAGAGGAUCUCCGGGAUCCACUUGCCCCGGCAGAAGUACAUCUCCGUCAACAAGGUCGACCUCCUUGAUGCUAUUCUCUCCAUGUUUCGGACGAAGAAGGAAAUUGAGGAGUUCAAGCGCUUGGCCAUGUGCUUGGACUCUAUCCUUCAUGCUGAACAUAAAGCUAUGCUUGAGGAGAUGAGGGCUUGUUACUCGGGUGCUUCUUCACAAGAUAAGCAUGCAUAUGAGGGCUCUUGCUCUUCAAUCAAAGCAGAGGAUGUAUCUAGAAAGAAAAAUGCUCCUUCUGAGUUUUCUGGUCAUAAGGAAGCAAAUGGUUCCAGAAAUGACGAAGUCGACAAAUGGUUAUAUCUUAGUGACAGUUUGGACUUAUGGAAACUAUUUGGACAGUCUGCUGUGGUCUCUUUCCCUGAGUCAAGGGCUACCAUUGCAAAAAAAUUUCAGCGCUCUUUUAUGAAACUUCUUCGAGAUGCUCAAUUUGAAGAAUUAUCAAUAGAAGAUUUACUGUUGGCUGAUGCAUUAAACACUGACUAUCUUUUGAGGCUUCCAAUAUUUGUUGACUGGAAGAAAACAUUUGAUUCAAAUGCUAUAAUAUUCAAGCGUGGAUAUACAACUGAGAGGCAGCAGGGAUUACUUAUAGUUGAAAAAUUGGAUUAUUUGCAAUCAAAGCUCUUGGAUUCAAUUUUCUCUAGUCUAUCAAAACCAAUGAAGAAAAUUGGAAGAUGGAUUAAUGAGGCUUUGAAAGAUUCUCAUGAGGCACAAAGUGUUCAAAUAUGGAUGGAGAAAGUGAAGAGUUGGUUGAGGGAGAACUAUGCUCUUGAAAGCACAUUGUCUUUUGGAGAAAGCACAUCGAGAGACCAAGCAAAAAUUGACCAGAUAGAAGACAGUGGUCUUCCUGUUUGGCUUGCCGCACAAAAGGCAGUCUCUCUUUACGAAGGGCUCUUAUCACCCAUUGGACCUCGUGGAAGACUUAUAAGAAGGUUACUUGCUUGGAUUGGAGUAAUUUCUUCGCCCCCAGAAGUAUCAAUUGAGUUUGAGAAUGAAGUAUAUCCAGAUAUCUAUUUGAGGCCAAACUUCCUUCCAAGGAUAACUCUUAGCAAUUUAUGGGAACCUGCUACAUGGGAAUCGUGUGGUUAUAAUAGUUGGAAAGUUUUAAAAACUGCAGCUUACAUCCUAUUCUCAAAAUCAACUCUUCAGGAACCUGCAUUUCAAGAACUGGUUCUUCUUUAUGCUGACAAAGGAAGUCGAAAUGAAAAUGAAGAUCUAGCAGAAAUAAAUCCUGUUCAAUUAAAGAUAUAUGAGAAGAUACCAAUUCCUGAUCUUUCGGUUAUUUUUCCCCACAAGAAGUUGUCCUUCCGUAUCCUGGAUACAGUACGCUUGGAUGUUGCAAGCUUAGUUGGGUUGCUGGCAUACUUCAUUAACUACAAAUUUGAGAACAUUGCCUCUUCUCCGUCUGCUGUUUUCCUUGAUGUCAUUGCCAUCACUGCACUUAUAAUCUAUAUAACUCGAGUAGUGCUAGGUUACAAACAGACCACGGACCGGUAUCAGCUGCUGGUUAAUAGAACUCUUUAUGAGAAAACUUUAGCAAGUGGAUUUGGUUCAGUUCACUUUCUUCUUGAUGCUUCUGAACAACAACAAUAUAUCAUGCAGUUCAAGGAAGCAAUUCUGGUUUAUUCAAUUCUACUCCAUCCUGAAACAUAUCAGGUAUCUUGUCGUAAAAAGAUUAGAGAGUCCUGUGAAAAAUUUAUUUAUGAUAGAUUCAGAGAAAAGAUUGAAAUGCCUAUUGACAAGGCUGUGGAGACCCUGACAAGGUUGGGUCUCUUAUCUGAAAUUCUUGUGGAAGGGAAGAUUAUACUAACAGUUCUUCCCAGUUCAGAUGCCUUUGAGACCCUAAGAGAUCGCUGGAUUGGCUUGCUAGCAUAGAAGACGCGCCUAUUUUUCUCAAUACUACUGGAAAUGGUUUUGCUGACCUUGAUAGAAAUACUUCCAUUAUUCAAGUGCUUCAUUUUGGUAAAAUAUUUUCACAUCAUGGCAUACACACGUUAUCAGCAUGAUGAUGCUUAUAUAUCCAGUACAGAUGGACAAAAUUAGCUGCAAAGAUAAAUGGAUCUCAAUGCAAGCAUUCAUUUAAGAUAAUCAAUGCAUAGCCAAGAUUGCAUAGUUGAGUAUGUAUUUGAAGCUGCUUCAAAGAAAACUAGAUUGACAGUCACAAUGACCUUGCAAAUAUUAAUUGUAAUCUCAUUACCUUGUUGUGGCCUGCUUCAAGUUUCAAAUUCAAGACUAUUACCAACAAGCCGAGUCCUGCCGAUACGAGUCCUUACCAGAUUAUACUUCUUCGAACAGCCAUAUGGUAUGCUACCAGAAAUUCCCCAUGUUUUGUUUACAAGCUUGAAGAGUGUAGGUAUAUCAUAUUAAUUCGUCUGUGUUGUGAUUAGUCCAAUCGCAAUCAGUUUUUCAACUACAUGUUUAGAAUUGAUGGAUUGAAGAUAGUAAAAUGUAUAAUGAUCAUUUUUCUCAAACUUUGCUUUAGAUGUUGCAAAUGGGAUGGUUGAGGUUGAGUUUGUUCCUUCCUGAUUUUGUAGUGGCUAUAAAGAUAGUAUUUUCUUUCUCAGUUAACUCUUCUUAGGGAUCGUUGUUCAAUAUGUAUGGCUCCCUUGCAUACAUUUUCAUUUUAUCAUCUUCUUUUCUUUUUGUUUUUUGUCAAGUCAGUGCCUUUGCAGAAUGUUAUUUUUUUCCCCCAGCCGUCGAGUUGUAUAAAAUGAAUGUUUGUAACCAUGCUUGAUCAAUGCACAACAGUUAACAUUGCUACCUGGAAAGACUGAAAUAUAAUAUACUAUAUAAAAAAGCAACCUCUCUGGAAGGAGACAAAAAAGUCUCUACAGAACCAACAUGGAAAUGAGUCCAAAAAAGAGCUUGCCUUUCCUAGCUCUGAAGCUAGAAACCCAUAAGGAAGACAGAGUUAAGGUUCACUAAUCCCUUCUUUUCCAUGUCUGAUAUCAUUUAUCAGCUAGUAAUUUGCAUGAUAUAAGGUUUUAUUUUACCAUCAACUUAAAACUUAAUUGCUAUAGAACUUCAUCAAUUAUGUAUCAUGGCUCUGAAGCUGGAAAAGCUUUGAGUAAACACCAUUAUCAUCUGCAACUAAAGUUGAAUGAUCCCCCAUCUGAACCACUCUACCGUUUUCCAUCACCACAAUUGUAUCUGAAUUGACCACAGUAGACAACCUAUGUGCAACUGUUAUCCUUGUGAUUCUUCUUGAUGCCUCCUCAUCUCUCCUCCGCUUGCUGGAUCCAAGAGCCUGCAUGAUGAUUCUCUCAGUUUCAGAAUCUAGUGCACUGGUAGCUUCAUCCAACAGCAAAAUCACUGGCCUCUUCAGCAGUGUUCUUGCAAUGGCAAGUCUCUGCUUUUGUCCACCAGAGAUUUGACAUCCUUUCUCCCCCACCACUGUGUCAUACCCAUUUGGCAAACUGCAGAUGAAGUCGUGGAUGUUGGCCUCCAUUGCAGCCUCCACAACCUCAGUCUCUGAAGCACCUUCACUUCCAUAGAAGAUGUUGUCUCUGAUUGACGAGCUGAAGAGAAGUGGCUCUUGUUGAACCAAUCCUAUUUGGCGUCUCAACCAGUGCAAGUUAUACUCUUUUAUGUCUUUACUGUCAACCAAAACUCUUCCUUUGAAAGGAUCAUAGAACCUCAAGAUCAGCGCCAAAACUGAGGACUUCCCGGCUCCACUAGGCCCAACAAGUGCCACAUAUGCUCCAGUUUCGAUACUUAAGUUGAAAUUAUCUAGUACCACCACUUCAGGUCUUGAUGGGUAUCUAAAGCUGAUGCUUUCAAAGUCUAUUCUGCCUGUGAUUCCCUCAGAGCUUAUGGUCUCUGGCACAUCUGGUGGAAUUUCUGUUUUCCUAUCUAGGAUUUCAAAUGCAGGUUUGAGUAUGGUAAUUGCAGAAAUAACUGUCGGUAUCAGUGUCCAUAGCUCAGUGAUAGAUGGAACUGUGAGUGAGAAGAUUUGGUAUGAUCUUAUUCCAUCCUCAAAGCUGGAUUGAUGCUUAUCGACCAGGAUUGUGGUGUACCACAAGGCAACUGCAUGAGCAAUGUUCCAUAAACAAAUUGCUCUUCGUAAACAAAAGAAGCUACAGUUCUUAUAUGGCUCACAGAUUCUGAUGCAAGAGCGACAAGUUGUCGGUGAGCCAUGGCAGAGUCACCAGAGAAGCCUUUGGCAGAUUUGGCUUGUAUCAGACCACCGAUGAAGUGGCAGGGCAUUAGAGCCCAGGCUACUAGCCCCAUCCUCCAGUUCACUUUCAUGCUCACUACUGUUGCUAUUAGGAUUGAGGAGAUGCAUUGCACAAUCACAGACAUUCUGUCAGAUAUGAUGGUCUUGAUCAUGGAAGUGUCACUAACAAUAUGCAUUGCAAGGAAUCCUACAUUGUUCUCAGGUUUCUCAAACCAAGCUACUUCAUUUCGGAGUACGGCUGCAAAAAUAUAAAGGAACCUUGUUUGAGAAAAAGGAACUUCUGAUUUAGUGCAUCUUGAACCAGCUUCUCUGAUUCCGAAUCAAGUGCACUUGUAGCUUCAUCUAGGAGAAGAAUUGGAGAGUUUUUCAGAAUGGCUCUUGCUAUUGCUAUUCUUUGUUUCUGUCCACCUGAGAGUUGUACUCCCCUCUCUCCAACCUGAGCAAACAUUUAUCAGCUCUUAAUCUUAAACAAGAUGAAAGAAAAUUAAUAUAACUCUCACCCAAGUUGAGUAUUUUUCAGGAAGUUGGGCAAUGAAUGAGUCUGCAUUGGCUGCUGAUGCUGCUUUGAUGAUCUCUUCGUCAGUUGCUUCUGCAUUCCCAACCCUCAAAUUAUCAUCUAUGGUGCCUGAAAAUAGUGCUGGUUCUUGUGGCACUGCUGCUACAUUUCUUCUGAGGAACUUGAGAUCCAGCUCCUUGACAUCAUGGCCAUGGAUCAAAACCCGACCUGCAACUUUAUUUCCUAUCAGAAACCGCAAAUGUCAUAGUUCAUUAAUUUCAAUUCAUUUGUGAAAAAGAACAGACCUGCCAAUGGUUCAUAAAACCUUUGAACAAGAGACAGGAUGGUGCUUUUCCCACACCCGCUGCUGCCUACCAAUGCAUACACUUUCCCUGCUGCCAUGCACAGUGAGAAGUCUUUAAGGAUCAGCUUAUUGGGUCGCGAAGGUUCCUGUAGCUCUCGCAGCAUUAAAGAUCUGGAAGUCUGGUGCAGCAUGAGUUAUGGAUCUAAUGCUCAUAAUUGCAGCCAAUGUCUCGCCUCCAUUCGCUCUUCGCGCAACAACAACGACUGCUCCAAUCCAAACAACCAAAGCCCAUGAGCAGAAGUGAAGGAUUUUAUCGACGAGCUCUCUCCCACGAACGAAAAGACCGUUCCAAUAUGCGAUAAAGUCUGUAAAUUAAUUUUCACAUUUGAGGUGACCGUAUAUCGUUCUUUUCUACCCUCCAAUCGUUCAAGUAUUUGAUGCAAUUUAUUUAAAUUUACAAAAUACCUGUUCUACUAUAGAUGUUGCUUCUGACAAAUACAUUGUUCUCAAGGAUGAUAAACUGUUCAUCUUUUUAGUGUAAGUAGCUCCGAUAGCGAGAAUCAUCGGCACCACCAUCAACGACAGUAACGCUACUUCCCAGCAGCAUGCGAGGGCGAUUACAACUCCAGCGAAAUAAGUGGAGAAACAGGAGAUGAAAUGACCCAACUGGAACAACAAAUAACUACAACGUCAACUCAUUCUGAAUUCAUCGACAACUAGAGAAAAGAAUUCAUUUCACCAUCACAAGAAUUUUCUUUGUAAUUUCAAAAUCAUUAGCAUACAUCCAACUGUUAGGGAUUUUAAAUUUUAUCGCUUAACCAUUAACACUGUUAAUUCAAUUAACAAAACAAUGACGUGAUAAUUAUGUUAAUGAUAGUGGUUAAAAGAAUAAAGAGUUUGAUAUUUUGGCAAUUUGGAAA